AUGUGGCGGAAAAAGCCAACCAAAGAAGCCAGACCAACGAGAUUUGAACUUGAAGAAGAUGCUGAAAAUGCUCCUGUGCGAAGUGCUACUUGGUCAUCUAAAAAUUCAUCACUAUCCCCUUUCUUUGUGGCAACUUCAGCUCAUAGUGAAGAUGGUAUUACCUCAUGUUCAUCUUCAUAUUCUUCAACAGAAUCAAUUCCUCUAAGUCCUCUUGAUGUUUCACUGUUUUUUUCUUCAUCCAGAUCACCACUGUGUACAAGUAGAUAUAACCUUUCUCUGAAUUCAAGCAGUGGGACAGUGAGUUUAAAGACUUCUAACCAUAAUUCAUCAUCUCAGGAUCCAUUUUCACUCUUACUCAAGUGGUUUUCUGAGGAGCAAAGUGCAGAUUCUAAAAUAGAAGAAGGGACUAUUAAUAGAAUUCAAGAUAGUACUUUCAGUACUACUACUACUACUACCUUGAAAGCCUUCAAAGAACAGAGAAUGGCCAUUGAUGACCAUGACAAUAUAGGGGAUGAUGACAUUGAGAAAGAUGGUGAAGAAUUAAUGGAAAAGAUAUCUAGCAUUUGUAAACAGCUUGAGGAAAGAGAUGCUGAUGAAAAUGAACCAAAUGGAAAAGAGGUCUAUGUUUCAUGUGAUUACAAAAUGGAAAUGAUGGAUUGUGAAAUACCUUCAACAAAUAAUCACUCCCAGGUUUCACCUUUCACUGAAGGAGAAAAUUCCUCAGAUAGCAGAGAUUCAUUUGUCUUAAGUAAUACUAGUGUACCAGUAAAAUCAAUACUAAAAAAGAAAAAAGAUAAAAAUAAUACCAACAAAUUUAAGAAACGUGUAUCUUUUCCACUCGAUGAGAAUAAUGAGCUAAUCAAUGAGGUUGCAACAUACUCACAUGCAAAGGAACCAGCACAGUCUCUUAUUGAAGUUCAGAAAACAGUUGGAAGUUUCAAGUCAAGUAGCAGCUCCUCAUCCCCAGUGAAAUUAACAUUGUCUUUGAAAAACAAAGUUUUGGUGAAUUUAUCACUGGACGAUUGUGAGGCUAAGGUUAGCGAGUCACCUUGUCAGGAAAAUGAGAGAGGUAAGAAGAAAAAAGAUGACAUCUUUUCCAGUCAAUCAGCUAAUCAAGGUCAAGUUAAUAAAGGAGAUAUGUCUAAUCAUGCCAAAAUCAUUUCAGAAGUUUUGAAAAAAUAUCCACACCUUGUGAAAGAUAAGAAAAAUAUUCGACUCAAAAUUCUGAAAAAGGGAAGUGAUAAGGGUGGGGGUGGAAAGCUAGUGAAGUCUAAAGUUCAGUAUCUCGUAUUAAGUGAUAAUGAUUCUAAAACCAAAACUAGUACAAAACUUUCCAAAACUACCUUAAGUUCUGUCUCAAAGAUGGAAUCAAACACUUUACCUCGUUCAACACAUAGUGCUCAGACUUUUGAAUGUCCAGAAUGUGAAGACACAGUAUUUCUGACAUACUUUACAUUUAAGAAGCAUGUGUUGGCUGAACACAAAGAUAAAAGUAGUACAAUUUUAUCUAGCAUUGAGAAUGUCCCAUAUGCCUGUUAUACUUGCUUUUUAAAUGAGCCUUUAGAGUUCAGUGAUUACUGUAGUUAUCAGCAGCACAUGAAAGAUGUACAUAGUAAAAGUGAGACUCGGCUGUGUAGUAUAUGUGGCUUCCGACCAGGACGGAAAUUGGAAUUAGCAUUAUCGUAUACUGAGCAUAAAAUACCAAGAAAUGUAACAUUUCCAAAAUGUGAUCUUUGUGACCAUGUAGCUAUGAAUGAUGCAGCUCUCUUAAAACAUCGUUCACAGCACACAAAUGCUGAUAACUACACGUGCUCAGUAUGCGGAGUUGAAUUUUGUUCGUUUGGAGCGCUUCAAGGUCAUAUGCAGACCAAACUUUGUCAGAACAAACCCAGUAUUAGUCACAAAUGCCCACAUUGCCCUCUUACUUUUGCUCGCUCUUAUAAUCUCAAAGCCCAUUGUAAGUCCAGUCACAGAGCUAUACAGACAACAGUACAAAUUGCCCCUGGAUCAGCAGGAGAGCAAAUAAUAAGUUGUAAGCAUGAGGCAAAACCUAUAGAGUUAAGUGAGGCACAUAAAGUUACAGAAACUAAUUUAUCUUCAAACAUUGAACAAGGAAAAUUGAAUGUAGAGGGCAUGUGUGAAGCAUUGACAAGUAUGAACAGUCAGUCAUCAUCUGAGGCUGAAGCACUCUCAACUGUGGCAAAUAGUUUGGCAGCUUCCCUGGGAUUGCCAGAGGAAACGGUGAAUCAUUAUAUGUAUAAUCAGGGUGGCAAACUGGAAUUUCCUGGUAGUUUAGAUGAUGAAAAGUAUGACGACAGCAUAAAUCGUCCAGGUGGUGUGAAUGUGCAUCUUGUGGAUACAACUGCCUCUGUAUCUGGCUACCAAGGGGAGCUUUCUUUAUGCCAUGACAGGACUUACACUAGCCAAGCACCAAUGCCUAGUACCACCAAUGUGGGUACGCUGUACUCUGUAGGUGUUGUAUCCAGUCAUAUUGUGUCUAAUCAUCUGUUACCGGGACAGAUUUUGCCCAGUCAGAUGUUGCAGGGGGAAGGAUGUGUUAGCACAGCAGGUGGGUCUGUCCUAGGGGCUCCAUCUCAUAGUUGGACAUAUGUUACCUAUCAGGUACCAGCCACCACUGAAGAUAUACCUACUGUUAUAACCGAGGCUGCUGCCUUGAACAAUACCUCUAUCACCCAACACCAGGGCACUAGUGUAAUGACGCCUAAUGAAGGCACAACUGCCAUGGUUUCUGAGCAGGAUAUCAGAGUAGAAAGUGCCACAAGAGGCAGCUCAUCUAAUAAUAGUAAUGGUACUGAAAGUGAGUGUGAACCAGAGAACCCCCUUGUGGUAAUGGCCAACACAGCAGCACAGGCUGAUAUUAGUCAUUCUUCAAAUCUAUCUGCAGCACAUGCAUAUGAUGCAUUUUCCACUCAGUUUGAAUAACAAAAAAAUAAAUAAAUGAAGUACAGUACCACCUUUAAGUCCCAAUUUGUGUUCAUUAUCUGAGCAUUUUAUAUUGGUCAGUAAUUGAUUUGUAACAUUAAUCUUCCACUCGUCUUCAGACUCUGAGCAUCAUUAAAUAUACUGUAAUUUGUGUAUGUAAAUGUUUUUAUAUUGCAUAUUAUUAAUCCUCUUUGAUUUUAUUUAAUUUUUAAAGUUAUUUUGUCAUGAUUUUCUAAUACAGUGUAUUUAAAUUAUAU